AUGGCGUCUUCACGACUUGUCAUGAAGCUCCUCCGCUCACGUCCUACAACUCAGGCGCCCACUAGCUUGGCUGGUCGUGCACUUCGCACCGUCACUGCCUCUCCGACCAGAGAUAUCAAAGCCAACUCCGAUCCGAAAUCCGACUCUCGCACCACCUUCACCGCUGGUAGCCCGAAGCUCCUCCGCUCACCUCAGAUGGCCACUCCCUCUCGUUCAAUUGACACAAUCGCUUCUCCGAUAACGAUAAGCGAAUCUGACUAUGAAGACUACGACUCCGACUACGAUGUAUUGGAGACCGACGCCGACUUCAGCUCCAAACGGACUUUCUCUAAGACUAUCAAAGAGAAGAAUCUGAAUCAGAAUCGGGUUGAGGGAGAAGAAGGAACGGUGGAGCCGUACGAUGUGACGGAAGAUGACGAAGCGAAAUAUGGAAGGUUUGACAUGCCGGGAAUCGGAAAAAAGGACUUGAAGAUGUGGGUUGAGAAGAGCACUGUGGUGAUCAAAGGAGAGGAGCCGGCGGAUUCAGAGACUGCGAGGACGUACUCCGGUUCCAUAGAGCUUGAUGAGGGAAGGUUCGUGGUGAAUCAGAUCAAAGCAGAGGUCAAAAAUGGCAUUCUCAAGGUUGUCAUCCCCAAGGUGAAGUUAGAAGACAGGAAGGAUGUUCUCCCUAUCGAGAUCAACUGACUCACUCAUUUCUCCAUCACUCAUUUUCUUCUUUAGUUC